AUGAGUUGGCAGUGGUGGCUCAAAAGUAAGAUCGGAUAUGAUUUUUUCGAUACGAGCGACAAUAAUGCAUUAUCCUGUAAAACAAAAACUGCUAAAAAUUCGGCACUUUUCACGCAGGCUAUGGAGGAUAUUGAUUACAUAUGUUUGUCAACGGAUUAUAGUCGAAAUAAUUUUUUCAAACAGACUGAACGGAAGUUAACUUAUCUAAUAGAAGAUGUGGACUGGAAUGGUUAUUGGUAUUACCUGAACAUGGGUUUAUCUAUAAAGGAGGCUAUGACACCACAAAAUGUUAGCAAUUUCAAUGAGUACUGGCUUUGGAACUUACAACAAUUGGUAGCGCGUUACAAACUGGAAAAAUAUGCAGUUGGUUUAACUGAAGUUCUUAAUGAUCCCUGUAGUACUCAUAAAAUGGAUUACAUACCCAAUAUGAUAAGUAAAUAUGGUGAAAAGUUUGAGCCAAUGUCCUGCAAACUUAAUGAAAAAGUUAUGCAAUUUAUCAGAAAUAUGCAAGCAUAUAUAGAAAGGGCAAUAAGUAAAGAGAGCUAUGAUGGGCGUAGUGUUAAAACUAUUGAUCUUCAUAAAAAAGAAAAUGUUCUCAAUAUGUUGCAAGAGUUUUUCAACAUUAACUUAAAGCAAAUGUACGACUAUUGGUCUUCUUCUUUCAAUAUAAAACCGAAUCUUCUACUCAACUAUGAAACAAUGUUACGAACUCCUCUUUUCUAUUAUUUUGCAGAAAUAUUAUUGUCCUCGUAUCGGUCCUUAAUAACGCAUUAUCAACCUUAUGACAGUCAUUUAUUUCAACUUCCAGGCGUCAAAAUAAACAAUGUUAACAUUAGUGCUUUGGUUACGCACUUCGAUUUGUAUAACGUCGAUAUAAGCAACCUCUUGAAUGAGAAACAUUUUUAUAUAAUGAACCAAUUUCAAUGGAAAAAAUCGCUACAAGCAAAACAGCAGCGGCUAAACCACAAACCGUUUACUCUGCUUUUUAAUGUAACCUCAGAUAAACCACAAGCAAUCGUUUUACGUACUUUCUUGACAUCAACUUCACGCUCUUAUCGUGACCAUUCUGAAAACAUAUAUCAGCUUGAUACUUUCGUCACAAAUGUAGUGGUUGGAGUAAAUAUCAUACAACGUAAAUCCAUUGAGUUUUUUGGUACAACAACAGAUCCUACAGGUUACUCCGAACUAUAUCAGUAUACGUUGAUAGCGUUAGAUAAUAAAUUCGUGUUUCCUUUGAAUAUCACGACGCCAGAUUGCGCUUUUCCGAAUCGUUUAAUACUGCCACAAGGUUCGAGUGAUGGCGUCAAAAUGGAAAUGAUUUUCGUCGCCACACUAUUUUCACCUAAUGAUUUCCGUUUUGGAAACAACAUGAACUGUAAUUUUGCUGAUGGUAUAUUAAGUUUCGAUAACUUGCCUUUCGGUUUCCCUUUCGAUCGAAAUUUGGAUGAAUUUGAAUUAUUAAACAGAACAAAUGUGUUGCGAAAGUCGAGAGAAUCGAGCAUAAACAUAAGCGGCUACAUUAAUUAUGCUCGUGCCAAGGAUGACAACUUCUUGCGCCGAAAUCUGUUCAAUCUCAAGCAACUGCGUCACUUGGAGGCAUACGGAUGGCAGCCGGUAUCGCAUGCAAUUGUGAUGAAAAGUUAA